AGAAAAUCAACCCACUCCUCUUUGCUUUUGACACACCAAUCUUUUCUCUGUUCUAGCCAGCCUACCCCACCAGCCUCCAGCCUUCAGCCCUCUGUUCUUUUUGCCCGCCGCCUUAUUUGCCUACAUUGCCCUGCCUGAGCGCUUGCUGACACUUCAGACAUUAACCCUGCUGAUAAGCGGCAAUUGUCCUAACAAAUAACCGAGCACCGGUGUGGGGCAAACCACCUUUUUGACGUUGAACAAUCAGCCAACGAAAAAAAAAAAAAAGAGUAAAAUCAACCGUUUUUCUCUCUUGCUCAGCUCUGUCGAGAUACGGAGGAAUAUUUGUCCCUUUAUCCAAACUCCCCCACCCAUCCCUAUUCCUCCUCCCCACCUGUAUUUCAGCAAGCAAAUAGCGGUCUAUCAUCUCGCUUCUCCACUUCUCGACCCUCUUCAGUUUAUGUUUGUUAGAUGUGUGGUUCAGCACUAGCCAGCCGCACCGAACAGCACGCCAACAGCGCUUCCCACAGAUGGCAGUCUCAAUUGCCCAGUGAGCUCGCGCUGCGGAUCGCCCGGCAGCUCUGGUACAACAGCAGCGCAUCAGACAGCACAAGGCGGCGAGUUGCGCUGGGCAGCAGCAUCGGCAGCCAGUUCAAGCAGCUGGAUGAGCGGCAGCGGUCGGUUAUGAAUACGUGCAAAGCCUGGCGUACGGCUCUUUUGGGCGAAUUCAGCCGGUACGCGAUCGGCGACUGCACGAUUGACGCCGCACAGGCGCCGCACCCGUUCCUCAGCCAAGCCCACACACAGGAGCUGUGGCUGAGGUUCGAUGGUGCCUUGUUGUUUGGCGAGUGGGCGACCACAUGGACGCGCAGCGCGCUGGAGAACUCGGGGCAGUGCCACGUCGACACGCUGGUAAUUGUUAUAGUCGAGUCGCCAAACACGAUCACCACUGCUGCCGAGGACCACAGGGCGAUGACGCUGGCGCAGGCGAUUCUCGGUACAGUACGUGCCAGACGGCUGUGGUUCCUGGGGCAAGCUAGCGUGGAAUAUGCCCCAGGUGUUUUGCACGUUGGAAUUGGAGACAAGUUUGUGCGCUUGUACACGCACAUGCGGAGCAUAGACCCGCACAUGCACCUGACAGCAUUCGACCAGCGGCACCUGAGCCACGAUAGCGCAGUGUGGCUGAUCAUAAAGAGCGCACAGACCCUCGAAUAUCUGCGUGUUGGAUCUGUGCGGCCCAGCGAGCUGCAAAAGAUCGUCAGCGGUGCCUCUGGCGAAAUUGUGUUUCCGCGUAUGCGCGAAUGUCUACUGACGCUCAAUGUUGACGACUCCAAGCUCAAGCAGUUUAACAUCGCCCAGUCGCAUUUCCCCGCUCUGGAGUUUCUGCACGUUGCUAUCCCACCCAGCGAUGUCUCGCCAGACCACGAGACAACGCUAUCGAUAUUCGAGCACACGUUCCUGGCGGACCUGUUCUUCUUUGGGUCCAUGACACAGCUGCGCGUGCUGAACUUCCCGCUUGCCUGGGACACGGUCGAGGUGCUCGGUACAUCCACGUUGGCAAAGGCGCAGGAACUGGUGUUUCCUACAAUCUGUAUGGAGAACGAGCAUGUUCUGGAUAAUGAGGAGUCGAACCAGAUCAUGCAGGCGUGCUUGGCUAUUCGCGGCCUUCGCACAUUCUGUAUUGACAGCGCGUGUCCACAGCCUAGCCUGCAAAUGGUCCCGCAGUGCAGCGAUCUUGGAAUGCUAUGUGCGCCAUCAUAUGCCUUCACCAUCGACCAGAUUUCGAUGCUGCUGACGCACCUUCCGAAUCUCUACUACUUCCAAUGCGAGCUUGCCCUUGGCUGUCCUGGGCCAGUCAUGCUGAGCAGUCCGCACGAUGCCAUGCUGUGGUUCAUGCUGAAUAUCCCGUUCCAUCCCCCGCAGAUUCUGAGUGAGAGCAUUUUUAGUAUCAUAUCGCAUUUGCCGCGGGUGCUGCAGGUUCGUUUGCCGUUCUCGCUGUGCAGGUCUCUGUGCGAAAAGAUCGAGCGCGAUGCCCGAGAAUCGACAUACCCAUGGAGCCGGCGGAUAUAUGAGAAUGCAUGUGUUGCUCCCAAUAGCCCAUCAUAGCCUGCGUUUGUGAAUACAAG